AUGGAGAGCCAAAGAUGGAGUCAGUAUUGUCAGCCCUCCUACACCAGUCAAACCAGUUUGGAAACUGGCAGGAGAGUUGAAGGAGUUAUGCAGCUGGGGCACUCAGGGGCCACUAAAGCUCUGAAACCUGGGACAUACCACCUGCAUAUAGUAGUUGUGCUUGUUUUGCAGAAUCUUCUUAUAUGUGUCAUCCUCCUCUACACCGUGUACUAUGCAGUUCUGGGCGUGUGCUGCAUGAUGCUCAAGGUGUAUGAGUUGGAUGUCCUGGCACCAUUUGAUUUCAAAACAAACCCCUCAUGGCUCAACACAAAUUAUAAAGUUCUUCUAGUCUCAACACAGGUCACCUACUUUGUUUGCGGAUUGCUUUCCGUUCUGGUUGUAGAAGAAUGGGUCUGGGAUUAUGCCAUUUCAGUAACUAUUCUUCAUGUUGUCAUCACUUCCACUGUUAUGUUGGAAUUCCCCCUGACAUCACAUUGGUGGGCUGCUUUAGGAUCCGGCUUAAUUUCAAUGAUAUGUGGAGGCCAGGCUUUUGCGUACUGUUUGUUCAAAGACAACUUUAUCUAUCCCGAUCUGGAUGAGUUUUAA